CCGAUCGAACAGCCCUGGCACGCCGCCUUCUCACCGCCAACGCUGGUCGCUCCUCUCAUGCCUCGCAACCGCGUGCACCAGAUCCUCUCCCUCAAAAUCGGCAAUCUCCUGAUCAUCGACACUCGCCGAACGGACUACCUCGGCGGCUCGAUUCGUGGCAGUCUCAAUGUACCCGCACAAGGGUUCUGGUGGAAUCGGGGUGCUCUGUAUGAGCUGGCGUAUAAAGCGGAUAUCGAGUGGGUAGUGUUCACCUGCGGUUCGAGCAAUGGCAGAGGUCCACGCUGCGCUGGCUGGUUCUUGGAUCAUGUGAGAAAGACUGCUGGGGAUGAGAAUAUGCAAGUCUGUGUGCUGGAGGGUGGGGUGAAAGGAUGGGUGAAAGCUGGGGAGGAAUAUACCAGGUUGAUGGAUGGCUUUGAUGGAGAGUACUGGAAAGAG